UUCAGAGCUGACCCAUGGAGAGAAAACACUUGUCUGCGUUUUCUAUUUAUCAGUCAUUAACAGGAGGAACAGCUCCAAAAGAGCAGGUUGAUGCUCCACCAGCUAAGAAAACCAAAAAGAAAAGGAAUGGCAUACAACCAAACAAGAAGACAAUUAAAAAGAAAAGAAGUAAACAUGGGCUGAAAUCCACCGUUAAGCCGACCAGCAGUGAUGACGUUGAGGAGAUGUGUGCGAAUGGUAAUAGUGAUGGAUUUGACAGUCCGGGUCUUGAAUCACUCUUAAAAGAUCUGGCAAAUGUAAACAACAGCAGAGAGAGAGCCAACAGACUGUUCCAGUGGUUCAUUCAUCCAGUGCAAGACAAAAGCUUCUUCAGAGAUAACUGGGAGAAGAAACCGAUUUUAAUCCAACGUCAGAAUCCAGACUAUUACAAAGGACUCUUUUCAACUGCAGAGUUCGACUGCAUUUUAAGAAAUGAUGAUGUUCAGUAUGGAGUAAAUCUGGAUGUAACGAGCUACGCAAAUGGCAAAAGAGAGACCCACAAUCCUCCAGGAAGAGCGUUACCGUAUACAGUGUGGGAUUUCUAUGAGAGUGGCUGUUCUCUCAGAAUGCUCAAUCCUCAAGCGUUCUCUUCGACUGUGUGGCAAGUGCUCUCUAUUCUUCAGGAGAAGUUCGGUAGUAUGGCGGGUGCUAACGUAUAUUUGACACCACCAGGAACGCAAGGAUUUGCUCCUCACUAUGAUGAUAUUGAGGCGUUUGUUGUGCAAUUGGAGGGCAAAAAGCACUGGAGAGUGUACAACCCGCGUUCUGAAGACGAAGUUUUGCCACUGGUCUCCAGUCCUAAUUUCAGUCAGGCAGAGAUCGGGCAGCCCAUCAUGGAAGUGGUUCUGGAAGCAGGUGAUCUGUUGUAUUUUCCUCGUGGAUUUAUUCAUCAGGGCGACUGUCUGCCUGACACUCAUUCACUGCACAUCACCGUCUCGUCCUAUCAGAGGAACAGCUGGGGAGAUCUGCUACUGAAGUUAAUGCCAGCAGCUCUGGAGAGCGCGAUGGAGGAAGAUGUGGAGUUCAGGAGGGGACUGCCGCUCGAUUACCUUCAGUUCAUGGGAGUCCAGAACUCUGAAAAGGAAGACCCACGAAGGGAUAAAUUCAUAGCACAUAUUCAGGGCCUGGUAAAAAAACUGGUUAAUUUUGCACCAGUUGAUGCCGCUGUGGACCAGAAAGCCAGAGACUUCCUGUAUGACUGUCUUCCUCCUGUACUGACUGCAGAGGAGAAGGCCAGCAGUGUUUACGGGGCCCCUGCUCGCUGGGGAGACGGAGAGGCCAUUGAUGUGGCUGUUCAAAUAAAGGGACAAACUCAAAUUAGACUCAUACGUGCUGGAGCUGCCAGGUUAUGCAGUGAUGGAGAUGCUGUGUCACUUCACUACACUACAGAAAACCCCAGAGUGUACCAUAAAGAGGCACCCAAGAGCUUUGAGAUACAAACAGAGCAUAUAGAUGCUAUGGAGUCCUUGAUUCAUUCUUAUCCCAAGUUUGUCCCUGUGGCCAGUUUACCAUGCGAGACAACUAAGGCAAAGGUGUCUCUGGCUGAGCUGCUGUUUGAGAAAGGACUGAUCCACAUGGCCAAACAUUUGACUGCUGAAUAAAAAUGAGUUUGCUGGCCGAAGGAAAUGACCAGUGUUCUGCAUCAUAUAACUGUUAGAUGCUAAAAUCAGUUAUCUGUUCAAAUUACAGGUUUUUGUAAUCUGAAAUCAUCCAUUAUGUUGAAAAGACAUUCUGAAUAUUUCUUGCCUUUUUAAACAGUUCUGUGGCACAUCAAUGUUAAUAACUGCAUUGUGGUUUUACCAAAUAAACACACUUUAUUAAUGUUAAUGUGGACUGCAACAG